CGUGACUGUUUCCUAUUUAAUAGCAACACGACUUCACUUUUUCGCUGGGCUUUCAAACCUCGGUCGCUUUUCAGGUAUGGUGAAGACGUGAUCGUCACUCCGUUUGCGCAGAUUCUGGCCAGCCUUCGGAAUGUACGGAACAACGUAACUCUCCGGUCACCCCGUCAGCUGAAUCCUUUAGAAAUCGUCGAAGAGCUUGAUUGGUGUUUGGAACAGCUGGAAACGAUUCAGACACACAGGUCGGUCUCCGACAUGGCCUCUUCGAAGUUUCGGAAAAUGUUAACCAAAGAGCUUAGCCAUUUUUCGGACUCCAAAUCCGGCAACCAGGUGUCGAAAUUCAUCUUCAACACGUUUAUGGGUAAACGCAGGACAUCGACCUGCCGGGCGACAAGGCGAACGACGAUGCUCAAUCGGCGGACACCGAGACGCCCACUCAGUCGUGCGCGAAUUCCUGACCGAGGUUUGUGUCUCCUGAUGCAGGAGGUCGACCGAUGGGGCGUUGACAUUUUCAAAAUAUCCGACUUUUCACAGAAUCAUCCUUUAACCGUCCAUUUAUUAUUCACACAGAAUCGGGGACUGUUGAAGUCGUUUUCGAUCAACCCUACGACAUUAGUCACGUAUUUUCUUCAUUUGGAAGAUCACUACAGACCGAACGCCUAUCAUAACAGAAUUCACGCUGCUGACGUCACUCAGAGUCUUCAUACGUUGCUUCUGUCUCAAGCCUUAGAGAAUGUAUUUACUGAGUUGGAAAUCCUUGCCUCCGUUUUCGCUGCUGCGGUUCACGAUGUCGACCAUCCGGGGCUGACCAACCAAUUUUUAGUCAAUACCAGUUCCGAAUUAGCCAUUAUGUACAACGAUGAAUCCGUGUUGGAACAGCAUCACUUGGCUAUUGCUUUCAAGCUUCUCCAAGAACCUGACUGUGAUAUUUUAAAGAACGUGUCGAAAAAACAGCGGCAGACUUUCAGACGGUUGGCUAUCGAUAUGGUAAUGGCGACCGACAUGUCGAAACACAUGAGUAUGCUAGCCGACUUGAAGACGAUGGUGGAAACGAAGAAAGUGGCCGGCUCUGGCGUGCUGUUGUUGGACAAAUACACGGAUCGCAUCCAGGUGUUGCAAAACAUCAUUCACAUAGCAGAUCUGUCGAAUCCCGCCAAGCCAAUCAAUUUGUAUCGACAGUGGAACGAACGUAUCUUGGAAGAAUAUUGGCAUCAGGGAGACAGCGAGCGCGAACUCGGCUUAGAAAUCAGCCCGAUGUGCGACCGCUUUAACGUGACUGUUGAAAAGUCUCAGGUGGGAUUCAUUGAUUACAUCGUUCAUCCUUUGUGGGAAACCUGGGCAGAUCUCGUGUAUCCGGAUGGACAGCUGAUGCUAGACCAAGUUCCGACGACCCAGAACACGUGGACAGCGCGAGCGAGCGUUAAGGAAAUCUCAGCUGGACUAUCGAGUCUGUCUGCCUAUCACAAAUGA